GCGCCUGCGCCUGCGCCUACGCGGGGCGUCACAUUGCGCCUGCGUGCGGCGUGCGCGGAAGGGGCGGGCAGAAUGGGCGGAAGGGACGGGGCGUUGCGGCGCGGCCUCGGGAGGGGAGUUUAUAAAUCACAUUAAGUCAGAAAGUAGCCAGUUACAAACAAAAUGAGUCUUCCCACGCUACUGCAUCCUUACCAGCAUCUCCUAAACAGCCUUAGAGUGCCUUCCCCACGGCUCCACUGCAUCCUUCACUCAGGUCGGCAUCCUGCAUCCCGAACCCCAAGUGCACCUGCAGCCACACCCCCUGGACACCAGUAUACUAAGUGGGUGCUGCUGUCUGGAGGCCUAAGGAGAGCGUUAUGUGCCCAGACAACCUCGAAGGACCACACAGAAGGACUUUCUGAUAAAGAACAAAGAUUUGUGGAUAAACUUUAUACGGGUUUAGUCCGCGGGCAAAGAGCUUGCUUAGCGGAGGCCAUAACUCUUGUGGAAUCGACUCAUGCGAGGAAGAAGGAGCUGGCUCAGGUGCUUCUUCAGAGGGUCCUGGCCCACCACCGAGAGCAGGAACGGCUCAACCAGGGGAAGCCCCUCACGUUUCGAGUAGGAUUGUCUGGGCCCCCUGGUGCAGGGAAAUCAACCUUUAUAGAAUAUUUUGGAAAAAUGCUGACUGAGAGAGGGCACAGAUUGUCUGUGCUAGCAGUGGACCCGUCUUCUUGUACCAGUGGUGGAUCCCUCUUAGGUGAUAAAACCCGGAUGACUGAGCUAUCAAGAGAUAGGAAUGCAUACAUCAGGCCAUCUCCUACCAGUGGGACUUUAGGAGGUGUGACAAGGACCACAAAUGAAGCUAUUCUGUUGUGUGAAGGAGGGGGAUAUGACAUCAUUCUUAUUGAAACUGUAGGUGUGGGCCAGUCAGAGUUCGCUGUCGCUGAUAUGGUUGACAUGUUUGUUCUGUUGCUGCCACCAGCGGGAGGGGAUGAGCUGCAGGGCAUCAAAAGGGGUAUAAUUGAGAUGGCAGAUCUGGUCGUUAUAACUAAAUCUGAUGGAGACUUGGUUGUGCCAGCCUGCAGGAUCCAGGCAGAGUACGUGAGUGCACUCAAGUUGCUGCGCAGGCGCUCAGAAGUCUGGAGACCGAAGGUCCUUCGCAUUUCCGCCAGAACUGGAGAGGGCAUCAGUGAAGUGUGGGAUGCAAUGAGAGAAUUUCAGGACGUAAUGCUGGCCAGUGGGGAGCUGACCACCAAGAGACAGAAGCAGCAGAAAGUCUGGAUGUGGAAUCUCAUUCAGGAAAACAUCUUACACCUUUUCAAGACCCAUCCGAGCACCCGAGAACAGAUUCCGCUGAUGGAGAGGAAGGUUCUCAGCGCGGCCCUCUCCCCAGGACUAGCAGCAGACUUACUGUUGAAAGCUUUUAAAAACGAACACUAAUAAACUUAUCCUGUACAAUCA